CGGUACGUUCUUAUCAUAAAGUAAUGAAUUUUGAAUCGAGAAAUACACUAUAAGGAACGGAGAGAAAAGAUAAAGGUACCUGAUUUUUAAUUAUUUUACAUAAGUAAUAUGAAUAUUCAGUGCAUGAAGUAGUCCGUCACAGGAGUGUGGGAUAACCCAUGUGAGAUAAGAUUUUCCAGCAUUGCUAAAAAUAGAGAUUUUUCUGUCCGAUAAGUGAGAAACCACAAUCCCAUCCACUUCAGUUAAUUACUAAACAAUCGUUUCAAGGGAUGUUUGUUGAUGAUACACACUUGAAGUAAGGUUGAUUAGGAAGUAGGAAAUAAAUCUUCAUUGGUAUAUGACUUGCGUUGUUAAAUGACGUUACGUCCAUUCCAAGAUGGCGACGUCCAUAGAAACGUUAUUUGGGGGUUCACCCUUGUUAUCCGGAUAAUACGAAAUGCUGUGAUAAUUCCAAAAUGCUACAAAAUGACAGAUGAACGCUUCUGAAAAUUUCAGGUUUUUCGAACCAAACAGAUAACAAUUAUCUCAAGAAAUAAAAUGAGUGGAAAAUCCAAAGAAGAAUUGUUAUCAUAUUUGCUCUAUACAACACUUGAUACAGUAGGAUUUCAGCGAGAAUGUGUCUCGUUCAGGUCAAAAGCCUAUAAACAAGUCUAUGAACACUUAACCAGUAACAUUGCCAAGUAUGAGAUACCAUUAACACAUUUAUGUGUUGGUAGCUCGGGUGAGGGUACUGCACUUAGAGGUAGUGAUGCAGACGUUAUGGCGAUAAUAACAGAUAGCAUAUGUGUUGAUAACGCAAACGAAAGUGGUUGUUUUACUUUACUUGAGACUGAUUAUACCAACACAGCUCCAGGAUACACAAAAGUUCUUCUUGCAAAGUUAGACGAAGAAAGUCUGUUUCACUUCGCAUUUGAUAAUUCUCAAAUGUACACGUCCUCAGCGGGACGUGCAUACAUAUCUAGUGCAAUUUUCAGAAACUUUAUCUAUCAAAGCGUGCAAGCGUCAUCUGUAUCUGCAUACUCAUAUGAGUCCGAUGAAAAUGAAAAUGAAAAUACCACUACAAACGGACCAGCAGCAACAAAAACAAUUGGGACUCAAUUCAGUUUUGAUUAUGUCUCUGCUGUGUACUUCUACGGAAACAUUCAUUUACGUGACUGGACAGACAGGGUAAGAUACCAUAACUGGCCGUCAACGGAUUUAAUUAAGGAAAUUUCGCAGAUGGAAGGUUAUAUUGUACCAGUUGGCAAUAAGUUCAGCGACACCCGAAAUAUCGAGUGGCGUAUAUGUUACACUACUGCAGAACUGAAACUGGUAGCAUCGCUAAACGAUGUUCAAGUAAAAUUGUAUGUACUUCUUAAAAUGGUGGCUAAGGAAAUACUGAAACCAUUUUGUAAAGUAAUUUCUUCUUACAUUGUGAAAAAUGUUAUUUUCUGGAUGGUGGAAACUCAGUCUGAACAACAGUUUUCACCAAAUUCAUUAGUGAACCUAUUGCAGAAAUCGAUGAUAUUCAUAAAGUAUUGUUUAGAGAACAAUCACUUUCCUAACUAUAUGAUACCUGAGAGAAAUAUGCUUGGCGUCGCGGUAGAUUAUCAAGAAAAACAACAAACAAUACGCUUCCUGUCAACCUGCUUGGGAAAUGUGGAAUCGAUAAUCUUUAUGAUUCCAAAAUUACUUUUAUGCAUGAACCACAUCUCAAACCUUCCAAAUAGAGAAUUAUACCUUGACCUGAGAAAUGAAAUAGAGAAACUGUCUAUUACAUCGGCAGUAUACACACUUGAACACUAUGAUCUAGGUAUGAUGUCUAGAAGAACAUUAUUGCUCGAUUUAGAAUGGGAGUAUUACAAAGAUGAGAAGUACUGGGAGUCGUGGAUAAAACUAUAUAACCUUGUAGUGCCGGAAUGGAUAGACCUGAUACUUACAGGAAAAACAGAAAAAAUAACGGAACUGUUUUAUUUCCGAUUGCGAGCAAUGCCUUCGUUAUAACUAUCUAUACAUAUCUAUGUUUUAAAGAUUGUGUGUAGUCGAAGACUUGGCUAUCUCAUUGAUUACAUGAAAACUGAUGACGGGGCAAUAGAAAAUAAUAAAUACUUGUUAAUAAAAGUACAUUGUAUGUUAAAUCAUGCUUCCAGUUCCAUCGAUUUGUCAAGAUCAUAUAAUUUCGACUAAAACUUUUGAAAUAGUCAGAACGAUAAAGGUUUUACACAAAAGUUAAAACAAAGAGUCAAACAAAUAUGAGCUUGGUACGUAUUUGUAUAACGUAUGGAAGAAAUAAUAUCUUUUAACCAUCAAUUUCAAGAAAAGGUAAUACCAAUGCUGAAAGACGUCAGAUUGUAUUGUGUAAAAUAAUUUUUGAAAUAUCUAUGUUUGAAUCCGGGUCACGUGUUUGUUGUUUAAAUGAUUAUUGUUUCAUGUCACAAUGUUGAUAUGAUGGCAUUUCUAUGGAACAAUAUUAAGGCAAAAAUUGCAUAUUGCCUUCUUGCGUACACGUGUCUCUGUCUGACAAGUUGACUGCUUGAUUUUGACAUUCGGAAUCCCAUCUUGCAUUCUUACAUGUACAUGCCUUUAUUUGAUAUUCAGUUUUUUUGAUGUUGCCUGCUUCAUAUAUUCGUCUCGCUUUCGGACAUGCUGUAAUCUGAUAUACUACUUCAUCAUACUGACUAGUGGUUUCGUACAUCUUGCCUUCUUGGACCGUCAAUGUUGUAUACUUAUUGACGAAGAUAACAUCUAGCUAUCGGACAUGCUGUAAUCUGACAUACUACUUCAUCAUACUCAACUAGUGGUUACUUACAUCGUGCCUUCUUGGAGCGUCAAUGGUGUAUACUUCUUGGUGAAAACAACUUGAGCGGUUCCUUAACUAUGUGAUUGCAAGGAGCUGGGUUAUGAAAUAAUUUCAGUGCAUUCUUAAAUUCUUGUUCAGGUGGAGAUAACCCCUUUUACGGAAACACACGAACUGUACCGAGAGUGUUAAGACUACACGUCCGGUAACCGCACUAAACACCAUAUAUUCCUAUUUGAAUCCAAGUAAAAUGAGUAUAUCUUUCGAGACUCUACCUUUAAUCGGAUAUAUAAAUAGCGCGCUAUAAAUAGCCUACAGAACAGAAUUAUGUCAUCAUCUAAAUACUGGUCGAAAUAAUUACACGUUCAUACAUGUAUUGUUUUAUAUUUGUGACGCUGACGGGCAAUCUAAAUGGGGAUAUUGCCCAUAUGAAAAAAAAUCACAAUAUUUCCUAGGAUCGCGUCAAAUUAGUUGGACUACUGUUGCUUAUUCAAAGGAGACAUGAUAUUGAACAUUUUGAGAAAUAGCACUGUGGUCAGCAUUUGUCUCACGUGAACUGUGGAGACAUUUGGAUACUGUAGCUGAAAGUUCAUCACAAAGUGCUGAUGUUUUGAUAUCUACAAGAGCAGACGGCAACAGAAUUGGAGGUUACCCAAAUCUAAAGAUGUUGAGGAGUACAAGAAACAACAAAAAAGCUAUGAAAAACAAAUGAAAUAAAAACAACGUGAAAUUAUAUUGAAUCAUGACCCUGGGUUCCAGACCGUUCGACAACAACGAAAAAAAAAAAAGAAAAGAUUUUUUUAGCUCACCAGAGCACAAAGUGCUGGUGAGCUAUUGUGAAUGACCGGCAUCCGUCGGCGUGCGUCUUGCGUAAACAUUUGCCUUGUGAACACUCUAGAGGCCACAUUUAUGACCCAAUCUUUAUGAAACUUGGUCAGAAUGUUAGUCUUGAUGAUCUCUAGGUCAAGUUUGAAAGUGGGUUAUGUGGGGUCAAAAACUAUGUCAGUAGGUUAGAUCAAAGAAAAUGCUUGUGAACACUCUAGAGACCACACUUUUGACCCAAUCUUUAUGAAAAUUUGUCAGAAUGUUAGUCUUGAUAAUCUCUAGGUCAAGUUUGAAACUGGGUCAUGUGGAGUUAAAACCUAGGUCAGUAGGUUAGAUCAAAUAAAACGCUUGUUAACACUCUAGAGACCACAGAUUUUUAACCCAAUCUUUAUAAAACUUGGUCAGAAUGUUAGUCUUGAUGAUCUCUAGGUCAAGUUUGAAACUGGAUUAUGUGGGAUCAAAAACUAGAUCACCAGGUCAGAUCAAAGGAAAAGCAACAUUUGUGUACCAAUAUUUUUGAAACUUGGUCAGAAUGUUAGUCUUGAUUAUCUUUAGGUCAAGAUUGAAUCUGGAUCAUGUUAGGUCAAAAAAUAGGUCAGUAUGUCAGAUCAAUGGUAAACCUUGUGAACACUCUAGAGACCACAUUUAUGACCCAAUCUUUAUGAAACUUUGUUAGAAUGUUAGUCUUGAUGAUCUCUAGGUCAUUUUCGAAACUGGGUCAUGUUGGAUCAUAAACUAGGUCACCUGGUCAAAUCAAAUGAAAAGUUUGUGAACACUCUAAAGGCCACAGUUGUGUCCCAAUAUUUAUGAAACGUAGUCAGAAAGUUUGACUUGAUGAUUUCUAGGUCAAAUUUGAAUCUAGGUCAUGUGAGGUCAAAAACUAUAAACGACAGUGUCUACUUGUAGUAGGGAGCACAAUGCCUAACUUUAUAGUGCUGCCUCACUGGAAUAUCACGCCGUAUACACGUGGCAUGAUACCCCAUCCAGUCACAUUAUACUGACACCGGGCUGACCAGUCCUAGCACUAUCCUCUUAAUGCUGAACGCCUAGCGAGAAAGCUUCUAGUACUAUUUUUACGUCUUUGGUAUGACGCGGCUGGGGAUUGAACCCACGACCUCCCGCACACAAAGCGGACGCUCUACCACUAGGCUACCGAGGCGGUAGGCCACAGUUGUAACUUAAUCUUUACGAAACUGGGUCGAAUGUUUGUCUUAAUCAUUUCUAGGUCAAGGUCGAAUAUGGGUCAUGUUGGGUCAAAAACUAGGUCACCCGGUCAAAUCAAAGGAAAAGCUUGUGAAAUCUCUAGAGGCCACAGUUGUAACCAAAUCUUAAUGAAAUUUAAUCAAUAUGUUUGUGACGAUCUUUAGGUCAAGUUCAACUCUUGGUCAUGUGGGGUCAAAAACUAGGUCAGUAGGCCAGAUAAACUCUUUUGAGCGAUAUAUAGGGCCAUGGCCCUCUUGUUUUUGCUAGAUAUCUGGAAAUUAAUGCUAUGUUUCUGAAAAAUGCUUUGAAACUUAAUUCUGACAGACUGUCAUUAAAACAUGUGAGAAAUAGUUGUUUUUACUAAUUUUACGAUGAAAAUCGAAAAGCGUUUGUUACGCUUUACUCGAGGUAAAGAAAAGUAUUUUUGGAGGUCAGUGCCAUCAAUUUUAUAAAAGACAAUUCAACACACAUUUCUGUCGGGAUCUAACUUUAUGUGAUGGACCUUUUUAUCUCGGACAAAGUAUAUGAUACGCGAAAAAGGUUCUGCAAUGUUGCUUAAAUGAGCAUGCAUAUCUUUAACAGUCUGCAAAUAAAAGAUAGAUUUUAAGAAGUUAUUCAUUUAUAUCAUACUGUAUAAUAAUAGAUUUAUGCUAUGUCAUUUUCAAAGAGAAUGUAUAUGUGUUUCCUUUUAUUUGUUAACUAUCUGUUUGUGUUGGCAUAAUAAACAAUUAUGAAUAUAAAAAUAUAAAGAUGA